UGUAAAUUUGGCAAUAAGAACAAUCUGUCAACGCAGCCAUGUGUUUUCUUGUUUCACUGAAAUUUCUUUAUCUAUCAUUCGCUUCAAGCUUUCUGUUCAGUCAGAUCUUACGCUUUGUAUCUGUACAUCUUUGAAACAUCAUUAAAGUCUUCACUCCACAAUGGGCAAAGAAAAGACUCACAUCAACAUUGUCGUCAUCGGUCACGUGGACUCUGGCAAGUCGACAACCACUGGUCACUUAAUUUACAAAUGUGGUGGAAUCGACAAGCGUACCAUCGAAAAGUUCGAGAAGGAAGCUCAGGAAAUGGGUAAGGGCUCUUUCAAGUAUGCCUGGGUGUUGGACAAACUCAAGGCUGAGCGUGAGCGUGGUAUCACCAUUGACAUUGCCCUGUGGAAGUUUGAAACUGCCAAGUUCUAUGUCACCAUCAUUGAUGCCCCAGGACAUCGUGAUUUCAUCAAGAACAUGAUCACUGGUACUUCCCAGGCUGAUUGCGCCGUCUUGAUUGUUGCUGGUGGUGUCGGUGAGUUCGAAGCCGGUAUCUCCAAGAACGGACAGACCCGCGAGCACGCUCUAUUGGCUUACACCUUGGGAGUCAAGCAGUUGAUUGUUGGUAUCAACAAGAUGGAUUCCACUGAGCCACCUUUCAGCGAGGCUCGUUAUGAAGAAAUCAAGAAGGAAGUCAGCAGCUACAUCAAGAAGAUAGGUUACAACCCUGUCACUGUUCCCUUCGUCCCCAUCUCUGGUUUCCACGGCGACAAUAUGAUUGAGGCUUCCAGCAACCUCCCCUGGUACAAGGGAUGGGCUGUUGAGCGCAAAGAAGGCAAAGCUGAUGGCAAGACUCUGCUUGAAGCUUUGGAUGCUAUCGUCCCACCUUCCCGCCCUACUGACAAGGCACUUCGUUUGCCCCUUCAGGAUGUCUACAAGAUCGGUGGUAUUGGUACAGUGCCCGUCGGCCGAGUCGAGACUGGUGUCAUCAAGCCUGGUAUGGUCGUUACCUUCGCUCCUUGCCAGCUGACCACUGAAGUCAAGUCCGUCGAGAUGCACCACGAAGCCCUCGAGGAGGCCUGUCCUGGUGACAACGUCGGUUUCAACGUGAAGAACGUCUCCGUCAAGGAGUUGCGCCGUGGUUACGUCGCUGGUGACUCGAAGAACAAUCCCCCCAAGGGUGCCGCUGACUUCUACGCUCAGGUCAUUGUGUUGAACCACCCCGGCCAGAUCGGUAACGGUUACACCCCGGUUUUGGACUGUCACACCGCCCACAUUGCCUGCAAAUUCGCCGAAAUUAAGGAGAAGUGUGAUCGCCGUACCGGCAAGACCACCGAGGAGAACCCCAAAUUCAUCAAGUCUGGUGAUGCUGCCAUGAUCACCUUGGUUCCCAGCAAGCCUUUGUGCGUUGAGUCAUUCUCUGACUUCCCUCCUUUGGGUCGAUUCGCCGUCCGUGACAUGAGACAAACGGUCGCUGUCGGUGUCAUCAAAUCGGUCAAUUUCAAGGAUUUGUCGCAAGGAAAGGUCACCAAGGCCGCUGAAAAGGCAGGAAAGAAGAAGUAAAUUAAUCAGUUGAUAUUCCACAAAGAUGUACUUGCUGUGUAACGGGUAUGAAGUAUCCAUCAUUGAAAAUGUCAUUUAGUUUCGUCUUUAAGCUUUUUAAUUAGCAACAGAGUAAAGAAAUUGAGUUUGUUGCAAUUUUACUCUGGUCAACGUUUUUAUAAGGCAUUGAACUUUCUGUCGACUGGAUUUGCUUCAAUUAAGAAUUGAAAUUGAUAAAUAAAUGAUAGGUGCUUCUCAUAA